AUGUCGAUUCAUGGAAGUCCCCCACCUGUUGACUGUGAACUUCUGGAUGAUUGUUGGAACUGCCCUCCUGAAGAUGGUUUCUUUAAUAUGCUUUCUUCACAGCAUUCGCCGGAAAAUGUAACUUCAGUGUUUCCUGAAGAUAUUCCAGGACCAUCAGCUGUAGAUGACAAGAAAAGGUUCACAUUCAGCUCCUCGGAAUUAUCAAAUGAUGCCUUGGCGUUUCGUCGUCAGUCGCUGAGUCAGUCGGCCACAACCUCUAAUGAUCUAAAUUAUAUUUCUUCUACUCAAAUCGCGUCAAUAGCUUUGAGGGAUAACGAGGGAUUCGGUGCCGUCGCUGGUCCUGAAGCAAAGUUAACGAAAUUGCAGAAAUGUCAAAUUUCUUCAGUCCAAAAUGAAUUUUUUGGCGUUUAUUGCUUGAUCAGUAGAAGUCCGAAUAAAUAUUUCAAGAACCGUUGUUACAUUGGUUACACCGUCGAUCCUAACCGUAGAAUUAGACAGCAUAAUGCGGGGAAACAGUUUGGUGGAGCACGCAAAACUGAUCAUCGAGGACCUUGGGAUAUGGUAUGCAUUAUUCACGGGUUUCCUAAUAGUAUUUCUGCACUUCGAUUUGAAUGGGCUUGGCAGAACCCUGAGAAGUCACGUCGUUUACGUGCGCUGGGUUUGAAGAAGAAAAGUAGGGAGUCAGCAUUUGCAUUUCGUUUACGGAUUGCUUGUCACAUGUUAAACAGCGACCCUUGGAGAAGGCUAGCAUUAACUUUUAGAUGGUUGUUGCCAACCGAGGAAAUGCCGUUUCCGUCUGAUAUUCCUCCUCCUAAGCACAUAGUGGUGAAACAUGGAUUAGUGGAGAAAACGACGACGUUGUUAUCCCAGAACGCUGAUGCGUACGAACUAAUAAAACCGUGCGCUAUUUGUCUUCAACGAAUUAUGUCGAUAGAGCAGUUACUUAGGUGUGUCUCUUCCAAGUGUAACUGUCACUUUCAUGCUGUUUGCCUAGCAAAAAGAGGUUUGGAGGCCUCUGGUGAACUAAGUCGUUAUCUGUUUCCUGUUACUGUAUCUUGUCAUCUUUGCAAAACCGUUUUUUGUUGGGGUGAUUUAGUUCGUGAUCAACGAGCGUUAAUAUCUGCAAUGUCUGCAAGAAAAGCUCAAUGCGAGAGUAAUUUUAAUCCGCGUCUAAUCCCAAAACUUUCAUCUAAUGCGAUGGGGUUAUAA